GAGCCUCGUUUCGUCUGAUUCUCGCCUCCGUCACUUGUCCUGUUUCUCAUCUAUUUUCUUUCUAUUCUAUUCCUCUCUAUUCUCGUUAUCAUCUCUCACGAUUCCGGCCACCCACUACAGGGACACGCCGACCACCCUGACGACCCCACAACCACUGUACAUCUCUUAUUCAACGUCAUUCAGCACACCAGCUACACUCAUCGGUCCAUGAAUCCUUCCCGCCCUGCACUCGGCGGUAUCGCAAUCACUGCUCCAACCACAGCAACAACGACACUCAGCAUUACCAUUCCUCCCCCUCCUCUCCCCUCCAGCCUCCGCCUCGAUCCUUCUGUACCCCACCACCACCAUCGGGACGGCCCACCAGGUGCUGGCACCGCCGCCGGCAAUCUCCCCUCUACCGCGCGUCACAACCAGUCUGGAACCCAACACACCCUCGUCCGGUCCAAUUCCCUAUCCACAAACAACUCCCCACCUCCGAUCAGCCCCUUCUCGACGGACUCUGUCACGGCGAGCGAACCGACCUCUGACGAGCUCCCAGACCUGGGCGCCUUCCAAACCGUCUUCCGCGCCCUCGCCGACUACCAGCCCGACACCCGUCUCCGCCACCUUCCCAUUAACCAAUCCCAACUUACACCGGACACCCCCACACACGAUACCCACAUGUUAUCUAUGCCCCUCGCUGCCGACUCUAUAUCUGGCCUGUCCAUCUCCUUGCCCGAGUCGGCCUACUCAGAUGGCCCCGAAGGCUCGACGGUCUGGUCCCGUCCGCCAAUAGCACAUUACCUGCGCUCGAUAUCGUCUGCGCGGACUGCCGAAUCAACAGCGCACACGCGCUCGCAGGCCGAGUCGCAGUCAUCAAUAUCAAGCUCCUCGCGGCAUUCUCACACCCAGGACUCUCAAUCACAACCUAUAUCGCGCACGCAGACGCGUUCUUCGUUCCUGAGCAGCACCACCGGUAUCGCCGAAAACAGUGCCAACAGCAACGCCACCGCGAGCAACGCCAGCACCGCCGGUGCAACAGCUGCAAGCGCCAGCAACAGCACCAGCCGUAGCGUCUCGCGAACAAUGACCUCUGAUUCGAACAUGACCGUCACGAUCCAUACUAUCAACACCGACACUCCGAAUACCCACACCAACGCGAUCGCCUCGCCAAGCGCGGCGGACCUCACACCGUCCAUCUCCACAUCCGCCCCUGCAUCCGUGUCCAUGUCGCUUUCGGGCGGCGCGACCCACACGACACCCGUUAUCCCGUCGGGGUUCAGCUCUGGCAGCGAAACCGAGGGCGAGCUCGAGCCUGCGAAUUUUACGACGAGCGGGCAGUCUGACAACGACCUUGAGAUCGAGCUCGACGGCGAGCUCGACGGCGACGUCGACCCCACGCUGCAUCUGAGCGGCGCGGACCACCCCUCGCUCGGCCACUUUUCUGAGCCGUUCCAGUUUCUCGCUGCCGAGCGGGCUCGGCUCGCUGCGGCGGCUGCGGCUGCGCAGGAGCGCACCACCACUGCGACGGGGGCGAGUGGAGGAUUCUCAGCGGCGGAGCAUCAUAGUUCGACGAGCGAUGGUGCGUGGAAGUAUAAUUUGGAGCCGAGGAGAGGGAGGAAGCGCAGACGCAAGAAGCGGCUCGUCGCGGCUCUCGCUGAGGCUGGAGCGGGCGGUGUGGCUGCGGUGCUGUCGACGCCGCCGCGAAUUCUCUCUAGGAGACGUGUGGAUGGGGGCGGGACGGCGAAGGAGAAGGAGGAGGAAGAGGCGCUGUCGUCGAAUGUGCAUCGGGAAGCGACGAGUGGGGCGGACACGGGCGAGGGCGGAGAGGGGGGCCGGGGGGAUAAAGCCGGGGAUGGGGUGUCGGCGGACGAGGAUGGGGCCCAGAAACACUCGCGCUCGCGGACAAGAGCGAAGCGGAGCCCGUCUCCGCCUGCUACUGCCGCACCGCACCGAACACGCUCGACGAAACGCGACACGCGGAGAGCCGCGCUCGCUAAUGCUGUCGCCGCUAGCGCGAACCCGGCACCCGGCGCAAGCGCGCAGCUCAAGCACUCCAAAUCCACGCCGGUCUUCACGCUGAGCAGCGCGCUCCCGCCCGACCCGCAGAUCCUGCGGUUGCGGUGUCUCGCGCACAAGCUGCGAUUGAGGUUUCCAGAGGACGACGCGGGGAUCACUUCGCUGCUCACGGAUGAUUUCGGGAGUGUGAGCGGGAGUAGGGACGGCAGUGGGAAGGGCAGCGGUGGGGAGACGUCCGAUUGUGUGUCGUCGUCGGACCCGGACCCGCGUGGGCCGCCGCCGAAGAAGGGGGAUACGUUGAUUCACGUUUUCAUUGACCACUCGAAUAUUCUCAUUGGCCUGCUCAUGUACCUCAAGCGGCACGCGCGCCGUCUGCCGCUCCCGCCGCGGACGAACAAGCGCAUGUCGCACGCUGCGCUUGCGCUCCUGCUUGAGCGAGGGCGGCCGAUCACGCGGCGGUGUCUGGUGACGAGCAGCCCGCUUUACCAGCCGAUGGACAGCGCGAAGCAGCUGGGGUACGAGGUGCGCGUGUACGCGCGUGUGCCGGACAGCGGGGACGGGCAGGACCGCGCGAGGAAGGGCACGCAGGGGCACGCGCGGAGGACGUCGAAGGGGAACGGGGACACGUCGACGGAGAGCGACCGGUCGACGGGGAAUGCGGGCGGGUCGACGAGCACGGUGCAGGCGGCGUCGUCGUCUUUGGCAGGUGCGGGUGCGCAGGGGGGCACGACGAGCACGAUCGCGGCUACGGCUGCUGCUGCGGGUGCGGGGACUGCGUCGCCCAACCGCGUGCGGUACCGCGAGCAAGGUGUGGACGAGCUGUUGCAGCUGAAGCUGCACCAGGCGAUUGCGGACGUGGACGUUCCGCCGCCGGGCGCGACGAUUGUGCUCGCCACGGGGGACGGGAAUAUGGGCCAGUUCUCGGACGACGGGUUUUUGGGACCUGUGAGGACGGCGCUGAAGAAGGGGUGGCGGGUGGAGCUGGUUGCGUGGGAGGAGGGGUUGAGUAGGGCGUGGAAGCGCGAGUUUGGUGGGGCGGAGUGGGCGGGGAGGUUUAAGGUGAUUCGGUUGGAGGAGUUUGGGGAGGAUUUGAUGGAAGUUGAGGGCGAGGGUGGGUGGGCGUAGGUGCAGUGCUGACGAGGAUUACGAGAGGUGACGCUGAGGCUGCGAGGUGGCGGUGGGCAGUGGUGACGUAGGGCGGCAUGGGGCGUCGGGGCCGAUGCUCGCGCCAAGCUGCGUAACACAUCAAGACAUCAUUCCGUUCGAUGAAAUCAGUUCGCGGCAGUGUAUUCCAGGGCCAACGGGCUUGAUUGAAAGGCUUGUACAAAGUCCAAACGUUCUUAGGCUGAUAGUGUUGUUGGUGGAGAGCACCGCCCCCUUACGACACUCACUGCACUCUUUCUGUUGGACAACGUUAACAUAGUCGAUUGGAUUCCUUGUAGCAUUUUUGGCAUUGCAUUUGUAGCUUAGUUGUAUGUGAUAACAUACGGAAGUAGGGCCCCGCGUUUUGUCACGAUCGAUGACG